UCAAACGACCUGGAGCCUGGAGGCCGAGGACAGCUGUCUCCUCUGGAAAGCUGUCUCCUCUGCCACCUCCUGCCCCCCCCCCCACACACCCUGCGGGACGCCCUCCUCACACACGUGUGUCUCAUUACGCAGAGCUGACAGCGCCGAGGAGACGAUGGAGGAGGAAAGGUCCUGACGCCUCUCCGCUUCACUUUGGAUCAGAAGUGCAGAUCCGUCUCUCUCUGGUCGCACCGUGAGCUGCAAAUCCCUGCAUGGAGUUAGGAUCCAACUGGUGUCCGACUCUGAAAUGUCUCAGGAUUGGAAAUGCUGCUCCACGCCUGCCUGUUGCUUUUUAUUAUCACAACAGAUAAAACAUUGGCCUUGUCGCCCCGGCGCUGUGGUGGAGAUGUCAGCCUGGACCAGGGGCCCAAUGGCCGCCUGAGUCUCACUGUACCUGGACUUAUUAGUGACACCACAGGUCUCCUAUCCCUGAACCAGCUUUCACUUUGCACUUGGAUGAUACACAUUCCUCCGGGUAGGACGUUACAUUUGAAGCUAGAAGGGUUGGAAGGUGACUCGAGCGUUGCGGUUCGCUGUGUUAGGAACCAGGAAGCUCAGGACCGGGUCCUGGAGAGCUCGGGGACGGCUCUGCUCUCGGGCUGUGACGGAAACCAAGCCGCCCUCACUUGGACGGGAGCAGGAACCUCCUCCUCCAAUGUAAUUCAGCUGUCCUAUUAUGUCCAGGAAGAUGAGAGGAAUUCCUCGGAGGACCACACCAGCCCACAUCCAGACGGAGACCUCCUACGCUGGUCCCCGACAGGAACCAGCACUUCAAGUCGUGUUAGUGAAAAGGCGUUUAGAGGGACAGAGGGCGUCAUAGGUCACCGCUACGACGCUCUGGAGUCGAGUCCUGGGCCUCGGCCUGGGUCUGGUCCCUCCUCCCGGGACACGGGGCGGCUGCACCCCACCUCACCCCUCAGUGUGGCUGGGACGGGAACUCUCCCUCUUCCUGAGGAAAGACCGAACAAUGGAGCGGAUACAUCUGGAGCCGCUCUCCGCUCCGAUGGGCCCAUAUCUGCGACACACCCCUAUUUUCGCCAAACAGACGCUUCCAACACAGAAACAAACCCCAGCAACGAGCCCGUUAAAACUCCGACUGAUGCAACAGCCAGGCGCUCCAGCACCUCUCCUGGCGCAGGCACAGACAAAUACACAAGCAGUCUCGCACCUAAACACGCAGGUCAACAUAAAACCACACAAGCGCACACCUCUCGAUCCAGCUUCCACCAUUUCCCGUCUCUCACUUCUUCUUUCCCUGAGCGACGUGCACUGACGACCUGGGAGAGUUCCACCGUCCCGGUCCCACGUGGUGCAGCGGUCAGUGGGACAGCCGGAGAGGUUCGGCCCCAUUCCUGGAGAAGCCAGAGGAGCACAGACGGACUUGACUCCCAUCGGACGUCCGCCAUCACCUCGGACCCUUUGGAAUCGCCCACCGAACCCCCGCAGGAUGACGCAAGCAGCGCACACACUUAUAUCGAACCCACGGGGUCGUCCACAUCCUCGCGGGCGCCGGCUGAGACUCAUCAGUCAUCCGCCACCCACGUCACAGAGUCGGGCGCCGUGGGCUCUGUGGCGGCAGGGUCGUUCCAGCCAAACACGAGUCGAAGCUCGUUGGAAUCCGCCACGUCCGACGUUUCCAGUGGAGCGGCUGCGUUGGAGCCUUCUGACAAACUGGACAACGUGGUGAAGCUUCACGUUUCUUCCACCCAGAGUGAAACCAACUCUCCACAAAGCACAGAAGGCCUCACACGCUCUCCUCACGCACCUUCUGCAUUCACACAGACGAGCACAGGAACAGAAAGCACACAGACAAAUGUCACAGUUCCCACCUUCACCGAGGCCCAGGGCGACACAGCGAGUGAAAACUCAGCCGCCACCGAAACCAGCACUGAAACGUUGACACUGCGUCCCACUGUCACACUCCCACGAGAACACUCCCCCACAGAUUCACCUGUUCCUCCUUUGCACACCAGCACGUUCCCACAUCACCCUGCACCUUCGUACACGCACACCGCGGUCUCUGGAGGUUCUCACGCCACUCGCACGCCCACGUCUCUCACCUCUGUCCCUACGCCCACCGUGCACGCCGAUGACGAAACCGAGCCUACAUCCUCACGAGCAUCCACGAUCAACUUUACACCCUCGCGUCCUAACCCUUUGCUCUCCUCCACUCACAUCCCUGCUACGCGUAAACAGACCCGCGGCUCCAUCACCACCACUGCACCUUCCACUCUGUCCUCGCCCACCUCUGCAAAUCCAGAUUACAGAGAAGUAGAAGUACAAGCAGAGGAGGAGGAGUCCACCACGCAGCCGUUUCCCGGCAGCACCACCACACACACUACCACAGCUGGAACACCGCGGCGACCUCCAUCAUGGUCGACCCAGUAUCCCAGUCAGGAGACCACCACCACCACGUCUACCUUGACCUCUGACCCCACCUGGAGCUCCUCAACCAGUCCGACGCCCAGGUUCUACAUUGUUCCAGACCAGCCUGCAACUGUGGAAGAGGAGUCAAUCGAGCUGCUGCUUCAGAUGAUCGUAGAAGAGUCCAGAUCUGCUGCCCCCGCUGGUUUGGAGGAGGACACCACUGCCUGGAUGGAGCCGUAUCUACAGACAGCUCCAGGGUUCAGCAGGCUGCUGGGAGUCUGGAGCAGUGGUCACGCGGUGCAGAGUUUGGUGGAGUUUAAAACCAGCGGAGCUCUGCAGUGGCUCGGGGAGUCGGGUCCCACGUCGCUGCUGGAGCGGACGGGACUCGCUCAGGCUGCUCGGGAGGGGAAGUGGUUCAGAACGUCCAGGAUCACCAACGUCACGCUGGGAGGUCUGCAGGGGGACGUGUGUGACUGGUUACUUCAGUGCCCCUCAGGCUACAGAUGUGUGUACCGGCCCGGCAUUGCCAACUAUAACUGUUCCUCUGUCUGUCGCUUUGACCACUGCCACAACCACGGCAUCUGCACGCACCAUCCAGGACAACUUCCAGUGUGCCGCUGCCUGGUAGGAGAGGACUUCUGGUACAUGGGUCAGAGGUGUGACGUGAGGAUGACUCGAGCGCGUCUCGUGGGCGCCUGUCUUGCCGUCCUGCUCAUCAUGGUGACAGUCAUCAGCGUUUUGGCCUUUGUGGCAGUGCGGCGCUACCGAGCCAUUCUGAUCCAGGCCAAAGUGGACCAGACCCGCAGCAGUUAUCGCAGGUUCAACCACUUUGAUGAGCUGUCGGGUCGGUUCUGGUUGCGCUCGUGGGCGGGCUCUGCCGACUCGAUGGACAAUCCUGCGUUCACGCGGUCCGAUGAGUUACUGCACCUCCGGGCGCUCGACCGCCCCUGCUGCUACCAUGACGACACGCUGUCACUGGCCUCCACCUGCCCCAGCCACGGAACACACAUCAAUACCAUUUACCCACACAGCUCUCAGUAUGCUUGGAGGGGGAGUGAGAUGAGUAUGGGGGAAGGUGUGUUGGACUCGGGAAAGGCCAGCGACCUCUCCGUGUGUAGCUGGCCUGUGGAACCCAUCCACUGGACUCCAUUCCCACUUCUGCAGCAGCUGGCCGCCCACCGGACGCCCACGCAGGUGCGGAUUUCCAGGCCUCGGUCGUACUGUGAAGGGAUGGAGCUGGUGGACCUGGGGAAGAGCUGGACUGCCUGACUACACGUGAAGAAUCUGUGCGGACACUGGUAUCUGCAGCUCAUUUUGAUAUCCUACUGCUCAAAUGUCCUUUUUUGUAAUAAAAAAAAUUGUGAAACAACAA